AUGGACACGGGAUAUCUGCUGGAAAAACAAUUUACUCCUAGCCCCCUGAGCAGGAUGGACACUGUUGACGGCAGCCAAAACAGGAAAAACUUCAGCGUGAGCCAUCUCCUGGACCUGGAAGAAGCGUCGCUCAUGAACUGCACGAAGGAGCCGGCGGCUGCGGUGAUGAAGAACGUCGGGAAAGGACCCCGGGAACAAUCUAACGCAAGUAGCGGAAGCGAGGCAGCCUUGCAGGACACUGACAGCAGGAGGCCUGGACAGAAAGCGGUUAAGAGGAAGAAGAAGCAGCGUCGCAGUCGGACCACGUUCAACAGCAGCCAGCUGCAGGCCUUGGACAGGGUGUUCGAGCGCACGCACUACCCCGACGCCUUCGUGCGCGAGGACCUGGCCCGCCGCGUCAGUCUGAGCGAGGCCCGGGUUCAGGUAUGGUUCCAGAACAGAAGAGCCAAAUUCCGUCGGAAUGAGAGGGCAGUGCUGGCGAGUCGCUCUGCUAACCUGCUGAAGUCCUACAGCCAGGAGGCCGCUGUGGAGCUGCCAGUGGCCCCACGCCCCGCCCCUCUCAGCUCCGACUACCUGUCCUGGGCCUCCACACCCUGCAGCCCGGCCCCCUCCUACAACCCCUCGAGCGCACCGAUGGCCGGACAGGAUGUCAACAUGGCCAGCAGCAUCGCCAGCCUGAGACUGAAGGCCAAGGAGUACAGCCUGCACCACAGCCAGCUGCCCACGGCUCACUGA